AUGGUUGAUGGGUUCCUGAACCCAGCUUCUAAGGAAAAUCCCUUUGGAGCCAUGAAUUGUUAUUUGCUAGAUUUUUAUGCAGUGCCCGUAAUUAUGCAUCAUGGAUUCAUGAACCCUUAUGUUUCUGUAGAGAUGAUGGGUGGUCGUCCCCGUAGACAUCAUUACAAGCAGGAUCAGAGGGCCAAGUGGACUACUUCCCUUACUAAGAGACUCGUAGACUUGAUGGUUCAGCAGGUUCUGAAGGGUAAUAGGCCAAACAAUUCAUUUGGGAGGAAAGCAUGGAAGAACAUAUGUGAUGAAUUCCCUAAAGAAACAGGUCUUAAAUGGAAUAAGGAGCAAUUGAAGAAUCGGUAUAGUGUUCUUAGGAGACAGUAUGUUACAGUGAAGUCACUUCUCAAUCAAGGCGAGUUUAAUUGGGAUGAAGCCACUGGAACAAUAACAGCUACUGAUGAAGUGUGGGAUAAAUACAUUAAGGUAAACCCUGAUGCUGAAGCAAUUCGAAACAAUGGUUGUCCAAUUUACAAACAACUUUGCACGGUGUUCUCGGAGUUGGGGCCUAAUGGGAAUCCUCAUGUGGUUGAACAGACUCUUGGGUUGCCAUAUCCAGAAAUUUUGAGCAUGUCAAUGGAUCCUGCUGCACCAUCAACUUUUGUGGCCGAGGAGUCUUACUCACCCUAUGAAGAUGAAGAUCUGAAUGUAUCAAAUGGGCAAAACAAGCAUGACCCAUUGACACCUCCCAGUUCAGGUCAUUGGAAGAGAGGUCACAAUGGAAUUGAUGGUGUUAUGUCUGAAGCCAUAUUAGAGAUGGCUGGUGCUUCAAGGUUGAGGACUGCUGCUGUGAAGCAGAGCAUUGACCUGUUUUCUAUAACCAAUUGCAUCAAAGCAUUAGAUGAGAUAGAAGGACUCGAAGAUUGUAUCUAUUUUGCUUCUUUGGAUCUAUUCGAUAGUCCCAACGCGAGAGAAACAUUCUUAUCCCUCAGAAUUGACAGACGAUUGACAUGGCUGAAGGGAAAGUAUAUUUCUCUCGCCAGAUCAAUAGGUUGA